AUGCACGAGUCCUAUCUUACCAGGAUAAAUGGGAAGGAAGGAAGAUCAGAAGUUCAGAAACACUUUGUGUUACAUGAAGAGGAGAAAUGGUACGCAACUCUUCAAAAAAAGCAGUUUGAAUACAUCCAAAUUGGGACCAUGGGAGUGAGAGAAGCGAGUCAUGUUGAUUUGGUAGAAUUGCCCACUGAAAGGAAUGAAGCAUUCAAAAGAAUGGUCCAGAAAAGCGGCAUAGGUGAAGGCGAGGGCCCCACGUAA